AUGGCGGAUGCGGUCCUGGCCUCCGCGGAACCCUCUCCUGCUCUCAACACCAGCGCUGUGGACGCCCCAACCCCUGCAACCGAGUCCCCGCAUACCCCCAGCAACGACAGCGAUGCCUGCAACGCCGACCACUUCCUGGACGUUGUCGUCACGAGCGUCGACGCUGCAACCCCAAGCGUCACGCAAACGAUCGCCUCAUCGCUCUCUGCUUCUGGCCUGGGCGCCUACACCGUCGAGUUCGUGGUAACCAAAGGCGCCGCUUCCUACUGCAUCGAGCGACCACUGUACGCGCUGUUCGACGUGCUGAAUUCAAUCCAAACGGCGGCGCCAAAGCCCCAGAUACUGCGCGACGAGGCCGACGCACCCCCAGUGCUGCCUGAAUUCCCGCCCAAGGGCAGCCGCAAUGACGCGGUGAUCGCUCAGUGGUGCGGGGACAUGACGGCGUUCUUGGCUGCUCAUCGGUCUGGCAUGCUGGAGCUGCACCCUGACUGGCUCAGCUUCGUGGCUGAGCGGGACGAGGACAAAGGCGCCCGGAUGCACAUGACGGCGGUUGACUUUAUCUCGCAGCCUUUCCCGCUGGAGAAGUUCUAUGUGCCAAGAGGGUCGAAGCAUGAGGUGGUGGCGCAGGUGAAGGCCAAGAAAGGUGACGACGGGCCGCAGUUUAUUGUGUGGAAGUUUGAGCUGGAGGAUUUCGACGUUGAUUUCAGUGUUUCCUUUGCCCCCGAGCCUUACCAGCAGCCGGUGGAGAUCGUGCAUGCGCGCACGAGAUACGUAGCGACUACGACAGGGCGAGCCAUAGAAGGGUUGUAUCGGUGUCUGCGGCCAGGGAAGGCGACACUGGUUUGGGACAAUUCGUACUCAAGACUCCGCGGGAAAAAUGUUCUGUACCAGGUGCAAGUGGUAAAUAACAGCAUUAUGCAGUCGGCGACAGCUGCAGCAGAUGCCCUGGACGAAGCUGUCCAGGCAGAGAAGGCGCGAGACGAAGAACGCGACGCGGCGUUGUCCACGGCGCUCAUCGUCAGCCCGGGGUCGCCGCCUGAGGUGCAGUCGGGGUAUUCGGCUUAUAUCCCCGAAGCUAUUGCCCAGCAGAGCUGGUUACUAAGCGCACCGAUCAACGUGGCUGGCCACUUGGCAUCGAGGCUUUUUGGCUCGCAGGAAGAGACGGCUGUGGUGCCAACUUCGAGGAGCCAACGUGGUGGUGGGUCGGACAGCGAGGCUCGCAGUUUGUUGGAGGAGCUUAAUGGGCUCAACAUGCAGUUGAUGGAGCGAAUGGAAAGCCUGGAGGACAGUGUGGCGAAGUUAACGGCAGAACGCGACCAAGAGCGUUCGAAAACUCACAUGGCGAUUGUGGAGAAGGAGAAUUCCGCAAACGAGGUGAAGGCAAAAGAGCAAGAGCUAGCAUCUAUCGCUGGCGAACUGCAACGUAUACAGAGGGAACGAGAGGCAUGGCGUGAAAUACAGGCCGAACGCGAUGCUCUGCUGGAAGAAAAACACCGUUGGGCUAUGACAGACGAUUUCGAUGGUGGUGACGAAGAAGCUUCUACUCUUGCAAGCGAAAUGGAUUCAACGACUCGUAAUCGGCUCGAGCAGGAGCUUGGUCAGGCGGAAGCAGCCGUGCUGCGAUGCCGAGCAGAGUUAGGCUACCCUUUGAACAAUCAUUUAACUGGGACUUCCACGCGAUUGGAGAAGGUUGCUCGUGAGAUGGCCGCUACGAAGCAGCAGUACGAAGAACAAAUGCAAAAGUGGGAGCAGGAGCGUCUUCAGCUGGCGCAACAGCUAGUGAAAGCUCGCGGUCAGAGGCGUGUGCUCGUGACCGAGAUACGCAACAUGCGCACUCAGACUGAAGGCCAGAUCGCGGUGGCCAUGGCGGAAGCGAGCGAGGCCCGAAUGGUGAACAAGCGACUCAAGAAGCAGAAUGAGCUGCUGUUGACUCAAAUCCGGACGCUUAUCAACGAAGCCGAAGACAGCGAAAAGAAGCUCCAGGAAGUUCGAGAUGAAUUGAAGGAGCAACAACAGCAGCAG